GUUGUCGUGAAUCGGCUUUCGUCUAUGCCAUCACAAGUGCUGGAGUAGCACACGCAGUUUCACGAGCAUGCAGUGAAGGAAUCAUCGAAACUUGCACUUGUGACUAUAGGAAUCGUGGGCCUAGCGGCUUGGAUUGGCAAUGGGGUGGAUGCAGCGACAAUAUCGAAUUUGGAUACAAGUUUGCCCGAAGGUUUGUAGAUUCUGCCGAGAGAGGACGCGACCUCCGAUUUAUCAUGAAUUUGCACAACAAUGAAGCAGGAAGAGUGCACGUUUCCAGCGAGAUGCGACACGAGUGUAAGUGUCACGGAAUGUCCGGUAGCUGCACGGUGAAGACUUGCUGGAUGAGGCUUCCGUCUUUUCGGGACGUUGGAAAUAAUUUGAAGGAUCGGUUUGAUGGUGCUUCUCGUGUCAUGGUUAGUAACCAUGGUAACUUUGAACAUUUAAGACGUCGCAAGUACCGUUUUCAGUUGAAGCCUUACAAUCCUAACCAUAAACCUCCUACCCGGAAGGAUUUGGUAUAUUUUGAAAAAUCCCCAGACUUCUGUACGCCCAAUCCCAAACUUGGAGUUCCAGGAACUGUUGGUAGACAAUGUAAUGAUUCUUCAAUUGGUGUGGAUGGGUGUGAUUUGAUGUGUUGUGGGCGUGGCUACAAAACGGAAGUCAGAGAAGAGUCUGAACGUUGUAGUUGCACAUUUCAUUGGUGUUGUCAAGUUAAAUGUCGAAUUUGUCGGAUUAAGAGAACAGUGCAUACUUGCUUAUAAAUCUUCGUAUUUUUAACUAUCCAAGUACAGUAGAACAACAAUAUCAAAGCUUAUGCAAAGGUUGUGUAUUUUGGUGAAAUAUGACGAAUAUUUAGUAUUAUAAUAGAUGGUUAAAAACUUCAAACUUGAUAAGACUCUGAAGAGGGCUC